CUCACUCACCAACUCACUCUCACCUCACUCGUACUCCAUAAUCGCUCUCACACCCCCUAACUACCUACCUCACCUCUUAACCUCUGUAGUCUCCUAACCUCCUGACGCUACAAGGAACCCUAGCCAGCAGUUCAUACUCACUCCUCCUCACCCAUACCUCUACCUCUCACACCCACACCCACCCAUAACAAGUCACAAGAUGUCUAACAACCCGCCGUACCCAUACCGCGACCAAGGGCCACCCCAAGGCCAUCCGAGGGACCAGGGCCCUCCGCAAGGCUACCAGCCCACCCAAGGAUGGGGCGACCGGCGCGGUCCCCCUCGUCCCGAGCAAGGCCAGCGCUACCCCCCGCACCAGCAGGGGCAAGAGCAGUACGGCCCCACCGGCGGUGGCGACUUCUCUUCCCCCAUGCGCGAGCCGUAUGGCCCCCGUGGCGACGGGGGAGGCUUCAGGCAGCCGUACCGCGGCGCGCCGCCUCCGCCGUCGUCGUACGGCCCGCAGAGGGAGCUCACGCGCUGGAGUGAGGCGCUGCCGCAGGGCGAGCCGCUCGAGCCGCGUCGUGGCUACCCCCCGCCUCCGGCCGAGCGCCAGCCAUACAGCCCCCACCAGCCGUUCACUUCCCCACCCCCGCCCCAGUCCCAGCCCUCGCAGCCCCCAUCCCUCCACACGGGCCAGAGCUCGCCGCCCAACCUCAUGGAGUUCUCCUCCCCCUCAACGGCGGGCAAGGCCCAGCCGCCACCCCCUCCCACCGUCACCUCGCAGGCCACGGGCGCGUCCCAGCCCUCUGUGCGGGCGUCCAUCCCCUCCAUGUCUGACCUCCACCUCGCGCUGCCGGUUGUCGACACCGCGACGGGCCCAGGGCCGCGCACUCGCGUGACGUACCAGCAGGCGUACGGCACCCACCCUUCUCCUAUCCCCGACUCGCGCCUGCUCAGCAUCCCACGCGAGAGCCACAAUCCGUCCUCUCCACACCCUCCUUCCCUUCCGUCGUCCCCCUCCAUCCGCAGUCGCCCCACCGACACCUCCACCCUCAUCACAGGCAAGACGUCCACCGACGCGUCGUCCAACCCCGCCAAUGUGGCGCAGGAGGGCAUGGAGCCGCUCAAGCUCACCAGCUUCUACGUCCGUCCUGGCUUCGGGACGGCUGGCAAGAAGAUCCAGGUCCACGCAAACUACUACCAAGUCCGCACUGUCGACAAGCGCGGCCGUACCAUCCAUCACUAUGACGUGGAGAUAAACCCCGUCGUUCGCGACACCAACCAGAAGCGUCCUCGUAGCAUGCUCCGUGCGGUGUGGGAGCAGCUCAUCCUUGAGCAGACCUCUGAGGAGUGGAAGAAGGCGUUCGACGUCUGCGCGUUCGACGGCCGCAAGAACUGUUUCACCCCGAUCCUCUUCCCCAUCGAGGAAGGCCAGUCGCAUACCCUCAUCACGACGCUCGCCUCGGACCGUACCAUCCAGCGCCCUGACAACCGCGACGCUUCCUCGGACGGCGAGGAGCGUCGCUUCAAGGUCACCCUCAAGCGCGUGGCCAAGAUCGACCUAGAGGCCGUUAUGGAGUUCUGUCGUCCCCACGAGGGGGCACCGCAGAGCGAGGAGGCUUGCCUUACUGCCGUCAUGGCCACCAAUGUCCUGUUGCGCGACGUGCCCAGCAAGAGGUACACCCAGGUCGGUGCCACUGGCAACAAGUUCUACACCAUGAUGGGCUCGGCUCCCCUCCCCAACGGUGCAAUGGUGUGCAAGGGUUUCAUGCAAUCCUUCCGUUACUCGAGCUCUGGCCUUCCUCUGCUCAACAUCGACCUCGGUUGCUCGGCCUUCCUCAAGCCUGGCCCGGCACUCAAUGUCGUUCGCGACAUUCUCGGCCCCGGCGGUCGUGGCCGUACGGGCGAUAUCCUCGACUCGCACCUUGACGAGCGCGGCGUUGCCCUCCUCAAGCGCAAGCUCCGCGGCGCGAGGUUCACCGUUACCCACCGUCAGAGCAGCCGCCUUCACACUGUCCUGACUGUUACUCUCAAGUCCGCCGAGGAGAUCUUCUUCGCCAUUGAAGGCAAGGACGGGCAGCAGGCCCAGAAGAUGUCCGUGGCUAACUACUACCGCGAGCACUAUGCUCCCUUGCAGAGGCCCUACCUUCCGUGCGUCCAGUACAGCAAGCGCGCCUGCAUUCCCCUCGAGUUUGUCAACCUGGCCGAGUUCAACUCGCUUCCGCCAAUGAACCUCACGGCUGAGCAGACUGCUGCCAUGAUCAAGUUUAGUGCCGUUUCUCCAGAUGUGUACGCCAAUACUGUUAAUCAGUGGCGCAAGGAGCUCGCGUACGAGACCCAGAGCAAGAUUGCUGCCUGGGGCCUUCAGGUCAACACCAAGCUCAUCGAGAUGGAGGGCCGUCUCCUCCAGCCGCCCCCAGUGGCAUACCGCAGCCGCAACGCCUUCCCUCAAGGAGGCACCUGGAACAUGAAGGGCAACCAGUUCUACCGUGACGGCAACAGGCCGCUCGUCAACUGGUCCAUCAUCUCCUUCGACAAGUGGUUUGACCGCGACGACAUGGAGCGCUACGUCGAGUUCCUGUGUCGCUUCCUGCGCAACCUCGGCGUGACGGUGGAGAACCAGCGCCCUCCCAUCAUCCCACCAGUGGACCCCCGUAUGCCGGAGAACAUUGUCAAUGGGCUCAAGGAGGCUGCCCGCGCUGCCUACAUGGUGAACAAGCAGACCCCUCAGCUCAUUCUCUGCGUCCUUCCUGGAAGGGACGCAUGGUUGUACGAGAACAUCAAGAAGGCGUCGUUCACCGACCUGAAGUUCCCCGUUCCAACCCAGUGUAUGCAGAGCGCAAAGAUCCGCAAGAGCCAGGGACUUGCCGCGUACACGGACAACCUCGCGAUGAAGAUUGUCAGCAAGCUCGGCGGCCUCUCGCACCAGGUCCCGCCCAAGGAUCUCCCUGGUGUUGUCCGUGGCAAGACGAUGCUCCUCGGCGCCGACCUCGGCCACCCUCCCAUGCGCUUCAACUCCGAGUCGCCUACCGUCGCCUGCUCCGUUGCCACCUUCAACGCCGACUGCAGCGCCUACUCGUGCCAGAUCCGUUUGCAGAAGGGCCGUGUCGAGGUCAUCCAGGACUUGUCCUCCAUGGUGGAGGAACACCUCAAGAUCUUCGCCAAGAACAAUGACAACGAGUACCCCGAGCGCAUCCUCAUGUUCCGCGACGGCAUCAGCGAGGGGCAGUACGCCGCGGCGCUGCAGUACGAGCACGACGCCAUCGUCAAGGCGUGCGCGCGCAUCCAGCCAGACUACCGCCCGCGCAUCAUGGUAUGUGUCUGUGCUCGCCGGCACAGCACCCGAUUCUUCGGCAAUCGCCCCAACACCGAGCGCAAUGGCAACCUGCCCGCUGGGCUGUGCGUCGACCGCUCAGUGACCCACCCGUACGCGUUCGACUUUUACCUCCAGGCCCAUGCCGGACGUAUCGGCACGGCCCGCCCAACGCACUACAUCUGCCUGCUCGACGAGCUGGCCCUCACGCCCGACGACCUCCAGCAGCUCGUCUACGGCCUGUGUCACACCUUCGCACGCUGUACCGUCAGCGUGUCCCUCGUGCCAGUGUGCUACAUGGCCGACCUCGUGUGCCAGAAGGCCCGCAUGAUUGCUGCCAAGCAGACCUCAUCCGUUGCAGCCUCCGUGACCUCGGGCGGUCGCUCGUUCAACCGCGGUGCACCUGGCCCGCCCGCGCCGAGCGUCGCGCCGUCCGAGCCCAAGUCGGUCCUGUUCACCAGCGAUGUGUACGAGAUCCAGAACCUCAUCAAGAAGAACCCCGAGCUGAGCGAGGUGUCGUGGUGGAUGUAAAUCGCCACCUCGCUUGCCAUGUAGCCAGCCUCGCAUCGACCCAGCGCCUGAAGUUUCGUCCGUCCACAUUAUCAAGAGUACCUGUUGUCCGUCCGCAUAUCAAGAGUUUAUCAUCGUCCGUAUCAUUCGCCGCGUCACCAACAUGCCGUUCCAAGCCGUCUGCUCAACGGCCGUGCUGUACCAGCCGCCUGCUCCACCGCCAUGAGUAUGUAGAAUGUCACCACCAGCAUGCACCGUAGUUUCGAGCCCACACACACCAACCAGUCCAGGAGAUAGUGCAUAGGGCGCGCACCGAGAGGCAUGCUGUACAUACAGAGACCGUCUGGAGUUUCGCCUCAUAACACAUCAUCGUCGUCAUCACCAUCAUCGAGCACAUCCCUCACCUCACCUAGUCGUGAAUCAAUCACGUCACAACGGUCAAACUGAAUCCGCGAAUGCUGCUGUAUAACACGAUCUGAUCUGCACGAGGUCCCCAGAGGUCCCACGACAAAGAAGCCGAGUCCAAAUAUUCUAAGUAGUGCGCCUUGGUCGAAAGAGUGCGGGCGCGGGGUAUAGAUGCUAUGUGUUGCGUCGUCGCUUAGGCACCGCGCGACGUGCGGUACUCGCCCUCGGCGGCGGUGGCGGCGGCCUCGAUCUCGCCCUCGACACCACUCAGAGCCUCGGCGGCGGUGGAGAAGAAGAUGAGCUGGGCCUUGACGAGCGACGAGAGGUUUUGGAGGGGCUCAGGGUUCUCGAGGACAGCCUUCAUGAGGCCAAUGGCGGUCUCGGUGGCCUGGACGAGCUUGUCCUCGGCCUCCUCAACGUGGAGCCUAGCCUGCUCCUGCUUGGGCGCGCCGGCAGUCUUGAGGGCCGAGCGGGCAGAGUCGAGCUCGAGACGGGCAGUCUUGACCGCAGCGCGGGCCUUCAUGGCGAGACCAAUCGAGGUAGAGAGGGUCGCCUGCCAGGGGGUGACAAAGCGCUCGGCGAUGAGCUGGUCCUGGGCGAUGCGGGCGUCUCCGACCUUCUCGAGGGCGACGCCGUACGUGUUGAGGGCGUUUCCGAGACGGUCGUCGGCGCCGAGCUCGUCAGCGCCAGUCUUGGCCGCGCGCGAGAUGGCGUGGGGGAGCGUCUUGGGCGGGUGGGGCGACUUGGGCUUCUCGGCGGGCACGGCGCCGGCGAGCGCAGUGUUCUUGAGGUUCUUGUUGGCAAAGCUCGACCACGCGGCCUGCGCCUGCUGGCCGUACUCGGACAGGUUCUCCGUCACGUCCGAGGGGUAGUCGUACUACUCGGUCUCGUAGACCUUGGUGAUCUUGAGGAGCUUGACGUGGACGUCACGGAGGGCGUCGACGCGCGCCUCGAGCUGCUUGUACUCGGCGGGGAGCCUGCGUGAUGGCAUCGGGGGCGACGUUGCCGAGGCGCUCGCUGGUAGCCUGGACCGAGUUCCUGAGGCUCUUGUUGACGGCCGAGACGUCGACGGUGGGGAGGGCGGACGCGAACGACUUCCACGACUGCAUGGUGGGGGAUUUGGGCGGGGUGGAAGUAAGAGGGUAGGGGAGUCGAGGGAGAGAUGUGGAUGUGGUGGUGACUUUGUUGCUGUCAAUGUCGAUGAUGAUGCCAGCAGCAGUAGUGACG